AUGGCUGAAUAUUGGGAGUCAAACAUCAAAAAAGGAACCGAUGAGGACUACAAAAAGUACCUGAAGGAGGUCAGUGAUCUUUCUGGACACUUGAUUUUGACUUUUUUACUUUGAGUUUUAACAUUAUGUUAUCCUUCAGGGAAGAAGCAAAAUGCAUUUCGUCAAUUUAGUGGCCAACUUUGAAGCUGUAAGUGCGUUUACUUUUUCUAUUCAGCUUGUUGGUGUUUUGUUAAUGAUUCGCCUGAUUUUUCUUUGUGGGAAUUUUAGAAGAAAAUUUUAAAAAUUGGACGUCUUUGAUGACUAAAACAAUAUGAAUAGUGAUCAGAGAACGAUGAUCCGAUUUCGGUCAGAUUUUGCAGAUACGUUCUAUCGGGAUCUAGUAUCAAUUGUUGAAAAUAUGAGAUUGUUGCAUGCAACGACAGCUGAGAUAUUCAACUAUAUGUUUAGACGAGAGAGCAUGCGGAAUGAGGAGAGACGGUCAGAGAAAAAGUUGUUUUUCAGCGAUAUCUCCGCGCAUUUCGUUCGGAAAAACAUGAUUUUUUGACGAAAUUGUAUACUAAACAUACCGAAGGGACGGUCAAAAUUUCAAAUUGAAAGUUGCAAAAAAAUCGUCAUCUUUUUUUUCGUUUUGAUCUAACUAUGAAGUAAAAAAUAUUAUAUAAAUCCUACUGUUCCAGGUGCGAGCGCAAGCCACGCUCCUCCGUGACGAACAAAAACACAUGGAUAUGGCGUUAAUCUCGCUCCCUCUGAUCGACGAACGCAUCAAACGGGCCAUGCAGUACGACGAAGAAUACCGUCUGAUCCUGAAGGAACUCCGAAAACAGCGAAGAAAAAACUUGGCUUUGAUGAAGGAGCUUUUUGAGACUUGCUCCAACCACAAAUACGAGUGUCCGGAGUGUGGUGAGGAGGAGACAGUUAGUCCCGAGGAAAUCAAAGCCGCGCUCGAACAAUUUGUGAAACUGAAGACAAAAGAGGCCAGAGAAAGAAGCGAGCGGACUGAGCUGGCCAAUGUGCCCAAGAAUUGGAUGUAAGUUGCAUUAUUGGUUAUUACAUGAAAUAAUUCGCACUAAAAUCGAAAGUUUUUAUAUUACAUUAGGUAUAAGCUUAAAUUUCAGUGAUCAUGUGGACAGAUUGAUCUCCCGGCACCUCCAAGAACGAUGCGAAAUCGGUCCUUGA